UAGCUUCCAACUCGUUCAGUUCAAUGUAGAUUACAAUAUUGGUAAAAAAUAAAUUCAAAAAGAAGUAUUCAUUAUAUAUAAUAGCUAAUAUCAGUAAACCCUUAUAUACCGAGGUGAAUUUACAAACCCAUUGACAAUCGUGCAAUAACACAAGAAGCCAUGAAUGCAGAGCAUCCCAAAUACUGGAAUAAGUCAGAUCGCUUAAAGUCGUUUCAAAACUGGUCGUUCAAUUACAAGAAAAGCCCUGAAGAAUUAGCAGAAGCGGGAUUUUUCUACUCAGGUGAUAUAGAAGAGAAGGAUUUAGUUAGGUGUUUUGGUUGCGGACAAGGCAUUUGGAAUUGGAACGAAGAAGAUUGCCCAUGGAAAGAUCAUGUCAAGUACAACGAUAAAUGCGAAUUUCUGAUAUCUAAAAAGGGACAGCAUUUUAUAGACAACAUCAAAGAGAUUUUAAAGAACGGGGGAAAAAUUGUCAGAGAUGAGAAUGAUUCGACUUAUCAGGAUCUGAACAAAGCAAUAAUAUACAGAUAUCCUAAAUAUUGGAAUAAGUCAGAUCGCUUGAAAUCUUUCCACAAUUGGUGUUUAGAUUUCAAACGCAGCCCUGAAGAAUUGUCGGAAUCAGGAUUCUUCUAUACGGGAGAAAAUGAUAAAGUCACAUGUUUUCAUUGUGGAAGUUCUCUAUCUUCAUUGAGUGAAAGAGAAUGUCUUUGGAAAUUACAUUGCAGAAAUUCCGAAUACAAGUGUGAGUUUGUAAAAGCUAUGAAAGGGCACAUUUUUGUUAACCUUACAAAAAAACUUGGAGUGGAAAAACUGGAAGUUGUUGAUGUUACCCCAAAACCUACUAAUAAAAUGACACAAUGCGAACAUCCAAAAUACUGGAAUAAAGACGAACGGUUGAAAACCUUUCAAAAUUGGUCAUACGAUUUCAAGAAAAGCUUUAUGGAAUUGUGCGAUGCAGGAUUUUUCUACACAGGAGAGAAAGACAGAGUUUCUUGUUUCACCUGUGGCACUUCAAUACUGAAUUGGAAAGAAAAUCAUUGCGUAUGGGAAAAGCAUAUUCAGAGUUAUCGAUACUGUGAGUUUGUUAAAUCUAUCAAAGGACAAGUCUUUAUUGAUAAUGUGAUUUCAAAGAUUGAGACAAAGCGUACAUCAUCAUCAAUUGGUUUAUUGUACGAUAAAUACUGCAAAAUUUGCUUCAUCGAACGAUAUAAUACAGUUUUCAUCCCUUGUGGACACAUCUUAACGUGCUACAAUUGUGCCUCGUGUGUAAAAGUGUGUCCUUUUUGCAAGGAAAAGCUCAAGUCAAUUCGUAAAAUAGACUUUCCAUACUAAUGUUAAAGAUAAAUAUUCUAUGUGAUACAUUCCUUAUGAAUUAAAUAUAAAUAAAUUAUACUUUAUAAUGUAUUAUCAUGUUGUUA